AUGUCUCGAGAGGCUCUUGCAUCGAGAUGCAAGAACCCUCCGAAGAGGAGGACGUGCACGAUGGCAGAGGACGUUCAAGGAGACGGAGGACAUGCUCGGAAGCUAAGAAAACUUAGCGACGCGUCAUUGAACCAUGGAAUCAUCAUCUCGGAAGUUUCCCCUGGAUCUCGAGUGGAUUCCUUCGAGAAUCGGCAGCAACGUGGAAGCUUUUACCGCACGCUUUCCGAUGUCGUGGAGACGACGUUCCACGUUCUAGGAUGCAUUCUCCCGAUGGAUUCUCAACGAAAGGACGUGGGAAUCGAGGCGAUCGCGCGUGAAAUCGCUCGGAGCGACUUUCUCCACCGUUUCCGCGUGGAUCUGGCGAUCCCGGAGACGGAUUCGCGACGAUCGAGGGAAAGUGAAUUCCUCCGACCGUCGAUGCGAUCGGGCCGUGAGUUGGAUCUCUACGAGGAGGAACAAACCUCCAACCGUAUACUUGAACGAAUCUCCAAGUCCGACGGAAUCGUGAUCGAAACACGGUUGCGGAAGGCCGGGAGUAUAGGAGUCUCGAAGAAGUUCAUGCGUGAGCAGCGGCCAGACUGGGAGGAGGAGGAGGAGGACAGGGAGGUGGUGGAUUCGGACAGGGAGGAGGUGGACAAGGAGGAGGCAUCGGAGGAGGGACGGGUGGAAGUGGAGGCGGCUCGGGAGUCACACCCGGAGGCUCGAGCGGUCUCGGAGGAGGUGGACUCAACCCCAUCGUGA